AGAACAAUGUCAAACCUAACCCCCCCUUCCCCCUCUCUCUAAUAACUCUAACAUCUAGCAUACUUCUCUCCGGUUGCAAUAUUGCUAGCGAAACCCUACAACUUCUGAUGAAUAUCGCUGCGAGGACAUGAUGAGCAGUACUCAGUCAUUUAGCCCAGCAUGUGAACCCAGGAAAUUCGAAUUUGAAGAACUAGCAAAAGCAACUAGAUAUUUCUCCAACGAACAACUCGUUGGCAUUGGUGAUUUUGGUGAUGUCUAUGAGGGAUCCCUUCCAGGAGUUAAGGUCAAUAUUGCUGUUAAGAAACUUAAAUAUAAGCAGGAUGAAAAGCAGGAAGAAGAAUUCAAGAAUCAGAUUAAGGACUUUGGCAUUGUGUCUCACCCAAAUCUUGUUAAGCUGCUUGGUUACUGCUGUAAAGAAGCCAAUAGAUUGCUUGUUUUAGAGUUUGUUCCCAACAAAUCCUUGAGAUUUCAUCUAAGUGAUGAAAAUAGAAGAUCAAAUUUGAGCUGGUCAAAAAGAAUGAAAAUCGCCGUAGGCUCUGCGAGAGGUUUAGCACAUCUUCAUGACGAAUGUUAUCCUAAAAUCAUUCAUGGAAACAUCAAAUCAGACAAUAUUCUCUUAGACAAUGAUUUCACACCAAAGGUUGCAGAUUUUGGGCUUGCUAAAAUUUUUUCAGAAAUUGGUGUCAGUCACAUCCCCUUUGAUCAAGAAGAAGAUAGCGUCUAUAUAGAUCCAGAAAAUUAUUAUUUUCAAAACAUUUUUGAGAAGUCGGAUGUUUAUUCCUUUGGUGUUAUACUUCUGGAGCUUAUUACUGGAAGAAGAUUAUUAUCGAAAGGCCAAGUUGAUAUCGUGAAUUGGGUGAAGACUCGAAUAAUUAAAGGAAAUUCAAUAAAAGUGGAUUACGAUAGUUUUGUUGAUUCUGCAUUGAAGGAAUAUGAUAAAAGUGAAAUGAAACGAAUGAUUUAUUGUGCUGCUGCUAGUCUAUAUGGUAAAUCUUCAAAGUCUCGGCCAACAAUGGAACAGAUAGUUGGAACUCUUGAAGGAAAAAUUUCUUGUGAGGAAUUAUGGGUUCUGGAAGUUAAUACGGGAAAGGCGUCAGAAUCCAGAUCAUCAAAAGCGGGAGAUAUGUCAGAAACAACUUCUUCUCCUUUUCAAGAACUCAAGGAAAUAACUGAAGCUAGUAACCUGCAUUGGAGCAAAGCAACGUCAUCACAAGGAAUAGAACCAGAGAUUAUGCAGAUUCAGGAGAUGCAUGCAAAAAGUCAUUACUCUGCUCUGGAACAGGCUGCUACGCUAUCUGAGACGUCACUUGAGGCUACAGCUCACAAUGUAAUGCCUUCUUCAAGGCUUAUGAAGGUUUAUCAUAUUCUGAACGAAAUCAUGACGAGAAUUGGAAAUCCAAAUAUGAGUACAAUCGGGGUUUGUUGA